AUGUUCCUAGAUGAGCUCAAAGCUGAUCUAGAGGAAGCAUGUGGCAGCCAAGCAUCAGAAUCAACAAUAUGGCAUUCACUCCAGCGCAGUGGUUACACAAUGAAGAAGAUCACACGGGUCGCUGCUGAGCGAAGCGCUGAAAAACACGCUCAGUAUAUGAACAAUAUCGGAAUGAACUAUAGGCCCAACCAACUUGUCUUUGUUGAUGAGAGCUCGUGCAACCAGUGGACCUCAUAUCAUAGACGUGCAUGGGCUUUGAAGGGUAAACGGGCAACACGCAAGGCCUUUUUUGUACAUGGCAAACGGUGCGUACUACAGUGUUCGAUGUCAUCCCAGUUUGAUCCUAUCUCUGUGCCAGGUAUUCAGUGCUGCCAGCGCUUUCACUCAAUGGCAUUCUCGAGCUGA